CCGGCGGCCAAUGAGCGCGCGGGAGGCGGGGCGGGGCCGGGAGACGCCGCCGCCAUUUUGUGAGCAGCGCGCGGCGGACGGGGCAGGCAGGUCGCGAUGGUGAAGCUGUUCAUCGGGAACCUGCCGCGGGAGGCGACGGAGCAGGAGAUCCGCUCCCUGUUCGAGCAGUACGGGAAGGUGCUGGAGUGCGACAUCAUCAAGAACUACGGCUUCGUGCACAUCGAGGACAAGACGGCGGCCGAGGACGCCAUCCGCAACCUGCACCACCACAAGCUGCAUGGCGUCUGCAUCAACGUGGAGGCCAGCAAGAACAAGAGCAAGGCCUCCACCAAGCUGCACGUGGGCAACAUCAGCCCCGCCUGCACCAACCUAGAGCUGCGCGCCAAGUUCGAGGAGUACGGCCCCGUCAUCGAAUGUGACAUCGUCAAGGACUACGCCUUUGUGCACAUGGAGCGGGCCGAGGAUGCCGUGGAGGCCAUCCGGGGGCUGGACAACACCGAGUUCCAAGGCAAGCGGAUGCGCGUGCAGCUGUCCACCAGCCGGCUGCGGACGGCGCCCGGGAUGGGAGACAAGAGCGGCUGCUACCGCUGCGGGAAGGAGGGGCACUGGUCUAAGGAGUGCCCGGUCGAUCGCCCGGGGCAAGUGGCGGACUUUGCCGAGGCCUAUAACGAGCAGUACGGAGCCGUGCGCACUCCCUACACCGCGGGCUAUGGGGAGACCGUGUAUUACGAUGAGGCCUACGGCGGGAUGGCCGACUACUACAAGCGCUACCGCGUCCGCUCCUACGCCACGGCCUCGGCGUACGACGCCUACGCGGAGCAGACCAUGGCCCAGUACUCCCAGUACGCCCAGUACUCCCAGGUCCAGUCCUCGGCCAUGGCCGCCACCACGGCCAUGGCCGGCCGCAUCCCCACCACCUUAGACGCGUACGACCGAGCGCUGCUGCCCACCCCGGGCGCGGCGGCCGCCGUCGCCGCCGCCGCCGCCACCGCCGCGGCCGCCGCCGCGUCCUCCACGUAUUACACCCGGGACAGGAGCCCCCUGCGCCGCACGGCCGCCGCGGCCAGCACCGUCGGAGAGGCGUACACGUACGAGCGUGGGCAGCUGUCGCCCGUCUCCUCGGUGGCCCGGGCGUCCCUCUACGACAUGCAGCGCUUCGGGCGGGACCCGUACGCGGACCGGGCGCGAUACUCCGCCUUUUGAGCCGGAGGUAAGAUUUGUGCGGCUGGACGUCGGGGUCCCGUCGCACGCCGACUCGGCGCCGCGCGUCUCGGGCCGCGCCGGGUGCCACCGCCGCCGCGUGCCGCUCCCGGGCCCGUUCCUUAAGGAGACGCGGCUCGUCCUCAGCCCGGGCAGGAUUAGCUCAGCCCCUCCCCCAGCUUCCCCCGCCCCCCUGGGCAGGAUUUUGCUUUUCCAGGUAGUUUUGGGUCCCCACCCCGGGCUCAGGUGUGAGCGCGCAGCCGCAGCCGUCCCCCAGCGCCAGCUUUGCUUUGCUUCGCCGCCCCCUCGCUCCCCCGGAGCUCUUCCCGAGUCGUCGUUUUGCCUUUUUUUUUUUUCCUUUAUUUUUUAAGAGGGUGGAUAAUCCAGUGGUAGGUUUUUAGCCCAACGCUGUAGCUGACCGGAGGCCGCCGCGCCGCGCCGGCGGGGGUGGAACCCCCCGAGUGAUUUAGAGUCCCCCGACCCCACUUUCCGGUAAAAUAAAACUCAAAAUUUUUAACAAAC